AUGACUCUGUGGCAUCUAAUGGAGUAUUACUGCAGCCACUUCUCCUGCAGUGUUCUCAUUGAUGCGUCAUCACAAUCUGGUAGCCAGAAUCCCACCCACACCCCUCUGGUAGGAGGAGGCGGUGGGGGAGGUGGCCCCAAUUCAGUUGGCUAUGGACCGCCCGAUGAUCUUCAGUCCAAUCCCGGCUCAGACCCGCCCCCUCUCACGAAUGUGAUGUCCUCAAUACAUGGUGGAGGAGAUAAUGGAAGUGAAACAGGAAUAGAUUCCUGUGGACCAUUGACUGGAGAAAUCUGUUCAUACUCCUUCCCAGGGUCCUUCAACAUCAAACUUAUCCCUAAGUCACAAUUCCUCUGUGGUGGCCAUAUAGAUGGCAACCAUCUCUAUUUGAUUAUUCAUUUUAACCUAAAUUUGUAUCAAUUCGUUGUUUUUAUAGAUGGAGGAUUAGAGAAUAGUCUAGGCUCAGGAGAUGGAACAGGAGAAGAAGAUGAUGAUGACAGACUAGCCAAAAGACAAAAGAAAAGAGGUAUCUUUCCCAAAUCAGCUACCAACAUCAUGAGGGCUUGGCUAUUCCAGCAUCUCACACAUCCGUACCCUUCAGAAGAACAGAAGAAACAGCUUGCACAAGAUACAGGUCUUACCAUCCUCCAAGUCAAUAACUGGUUUAUCAAUGCGAGGAGACGGAUAGUACAGCCGAUGAUCGACCAAUCAAAUCGAGCAGUUCCAGGGAUGUCCGGUGGCAUGGCAUACAGUCCUGAUGGUCAGCCUAUGGGUGGAUUCAUGAUGGACGGUCAACCAGGACCCCCCAUGCACCAUCACCUUCGACCUCCUGGGUCAAACGAUUGUGACCCCAGACAGCAUCUUUACUGAGUAGAUGUAAAUAGAGAUAGAUGAUGCACACGCCUCAUAGCUAUGAAUAUAAAACAAGCAGCUCUCUAUGAUUGGACGCAGAGGGCCGUCUUGUGAUUUGGAUGGCCUUCACUGAUUGGCUGAGCUGCACUUCAUUUCAACUCUACCUCUCUACUGCAUAUCUCCCCCAUCCCCUCUACAUACACUGAUAGUCCAACACACUGUCAUAUUCUUGGUCGCUACUAGCAGUGGUAAUCACCCUCAGCACCCUGUCUUCGUUGUCAAUAAAAGCCUUCUUGAUGAUAUCUUCAAAGACUCCUAGAAUUCCAGAUGAUACCCAUUCCUAGAUGCAACUGCAAUCAUGACCUAAUGACCUCAAAAUAACAUUAGUUGUCAGGAAAAUUGACAUCAUCAUUGAAGAUGAAACUGACCCUCUUUGGUGCUCAGAAUUAGACUCACAGAAUGAGCAAGAGCCAUGAGCAAAAGAUGUCAGCUGCGGUUAUUGCAGAUGUUCUGGCAUCAGGAGACAAGCCAUCGACAUGUGUUUUGUUAGAGAUCAGUUUUAACAAGGACACUCUAGAAGUGGUCUUUGGUCAGGGUAUCAGUCUCAUGUUAAUGAUGUCAACCAGAAGAUGCAGAAACAACAGUUUCAGAAAACAUAAUCCUUUGGACAUUCUUGCAGUGGUCUUUUGGCCAAGGUAUCUUUCUGAUGUUGAUGACAAACAGAGAAGGCAGAGACUGCAGCUUCUUUCACAAAACAGAUCAUGUGGACGUUCUGACAGCAGCCUCUUGGUCAGGGUAUCUCUCAGACCUGGAUACCAAACUCUGCCUCCAGAGACAGCAGUUUAUUUCAGAAAAUGAUCUCUCCCAUGGUACAAAGAAAUGUCUGAGAUUCACUCAGACUCCUCACUGGUUUUAAUGGUCCUUCUACUCUCCAGAAACCUUUCCAGCAACACAAAUCACUAAUUGACCGUUAUGGAUGUGUACGAGUAUUUGUGUUACAGUGUAGCAUGUUACAGAAGCAAAUCAUUAAAAGAAAAUUCCAACAUCCCAAAAGAGGUUACCAAGGAAACUGAUCUUGAUCUAUCCCCCUAAUCCACCAGUUGUAUUGUACAUAUGUAAAUCAGACUGGAUUGAAUUUGAACUUUUAAAAAAUCCUUAAUUACAUUGAUGGCCGAUUAAGUAUGAAAAGGAGGUUUUAAAAUGAAAUCACUGUGCCAAAUACUUGUGGAAUGCAAAAGAAAAUACCAAAAUUAUAUAUUUGUGAAAUCUGUGAAGUAGUAUGAAAAUCUCAUUACAGAGAUAAACAGAAAAGCAUAGGUUUAACUGCCACUAGUUAUAUAUUAUACAUAGAAUUGUAUAGUGCAAACCUGGACACACCGAUUUCAUGUUAGACUGAAUCCUUGGUAGAUUUCAUAGAAGAAUGGUUUACAUUUUGUCAUAGUUUGUCUCAAAGUGUCUUGAAAUUAUGAUCAACACUGAAUUUGUUUAUUCCUUCUGGUUUUUAAGUAUCAUUUUGUAUUUUCAAAACACUGUUGAUUCUUGAUAAUGCGCUGCAUUCUCUAGCUACUUUCAAUGUGAUGAUGCAUUACUUAAGUACUUGAUUUAAAAUCAUAGAAAUAUGCAAAGAACCUUUGUUUUAUAGAUAGAAACAAUAUAGCAGACAUACACCAAUGAAAUAACUUCUAGGGUCCAGUGGCACAAAGGUUUGCUAUGGAUUCCAAAAUAUGAAACAGGAAUUCUGAUUGGUUCCUGGUCACUGUCAUGAUAUAAAUGUGUUCCCAACAGUGAUCCUGAUUGGCUAUUGUUAGACGAUUCACUGCAAAGCUUAUGUUAUUACAUGGAGCCCAUAUACUUCUUGUCCAGUGAUGUUGUGUUCUUUGUUAAUCAAUCUGAUUGGCUGAGUGCAAAUUAGUCGGUGAAAAUCAAUCUCUUCAUGAAAUACUCCCUUGAGGAGUAUUUCAUGAAGCAUCUUUUCAUUAAUUUUUCACUGACUCACUUGCUCUGAGCCAAUCAGAUGCAAUGAUAUCAGUAGCUUAUAACAAAUAUCUGUGAAUAUCACUGACUAUAUGUUUAAUAAAAAUGCUCUCCAAAUUAAAGGUCACUGGUAUCCAUUUUUGUGUGUGUGUGCUUUUAGAUAUUGGUAAAGCCUCUCCUAGCUAUAUGUUAUGUUGUAAUACAACAAUACUUUAUACAAGUUUUUAUAAUUAAAGGUUUGUUGAAAAUGUUAUCAGUUAUCUUGGGAUUAAGGAUGAUUUGGUAUUGAGUUUCUAAUAGUCCCCCACCUCCACACAAAAAAUUUCUUUUAGUGGCCAGUGAUAUUAUCAGGCAGGUCUUAUUCUCAUUUAUAUUCCAUUUCUUUUCUUCAAAUUUUACUGCUCUGUUUCCAUUCAGUUUUAUUUUUCAUAGGGCAUGAAAAUGUAUUUCCCUAUCCUUAUAUUAUAUUUUAAGAGUGUUCUAGUUGUUUUGCGGUAUAGCUAUCUUUCCCAUUCCUAUUUGUGUAUUUUGUUUGAAAAAUACAAAGGCUGAAACCGUAAUACUCAGAGAAAAAAAUUGAGGAAUUCAUUGUCACACUUCUAUUUAUUAAUUUUCUCAUCAUUGUGUGCUUAGCACGUGAAAAUAUUUAUAUUUUAGUCCUCGAUAUUUAAGUUGAGUUAAGUUGGGUUUUUCCCAGUUCUUUGAGUAUUUCUUUAAUUUUCAAAUUUAUAAACAAUCAUUUCUUUCUCUCUAUAUAAUUUCUCAUCUCACACCAAGCACAAUUUGGCUUCUUUCAUGAAAUGUGUUGUAAAAAUCUAUUAAAAAAAAGUCCUAAAAAAUUUGUCUCAAUAAAUAUUUUUCGGGUACCUGUUUUAAGUUGUAUAAUCAAUGUAAUGUGGUUUUGCAAGAAAGCUGUGAUCAAUUACAAAUCUUUGUUUGAUUUCAAGUAAUUUUGUAUGUUUUGCGAUUAAUUACCAGUUGCAAUUAAUUGUUGAUCUUGCAACAAUAACUGAUCUAUCACUUUUAAAAUUCUAGUAAAAAUUGAUUAAUAAAUAUUUCAUUUUAACAUCCCUUUUGUUGGCUUGGCUUUGGUUCAAUGAUUUGACGUAAGUUGGGUGCUUUACCUAACGUGUCAAAUAUACCAAUACACUCAAAUUAGGAGUACUUGUCACGUAUAACACAUAUCGUGAAACAGGCUUCACGCAUGUUAAUGCCCUGUGCUUCUUUCUUGCCACAUUUUCAAAUUAAUUUUUAAAAAUUAAAUCCUUGAAUCCUUUUCUCUUGUAAAAAGAGCUAGUGUAUGUUUUUAUGAAUAAUUUAUCCAGAUUUCAAAUCUGCUUUCUUUCUGUAACUUCAUCUCUAUAAGAACUCAUUGUGGAAGGUGACUCUUUAAAGUAUUUAUAUGUUGGCAGCUUAAUUUGGUAGUUUAUGAUGAACUUAUCAAAUAAAACAUGCAUGCAAGGGCAAGAAAAAAUAGGUGCUUAUACAAUGGAGUUAAUAAAUGUCCUUUGGUCCCAUUCAGCCUUCUUGCACUCAUAUACAUAGAAAUGUUGGUAAUUCUACCAAAGUUGAUUUUGCAUGAAGUUACUCUGCUUGAUUCAAAGUUGUAAUACCUCAUAUGAGACGAUUUGUUCUUGAUUGUAAGCUGUUUCUUUAUUCCAUACUGAUUCAAACAUAGUCUUUGUUUGACAGAUUCUUGGAAUCAGUGUUGUUUGAUAUUUCCUUCAUGCAGAAAAAACAGCAGCUCGUGCUAAAUCUUGGGGUUAAUAACACUUGCACUUUGCAUCCCCCCGAAAAAAGUGGUAAAUGGAUCCGCUUAAUAUUAUUUUAGGAUAAAUUACAAAACGCUCUGUUCUUUUCAAGAUUUGUGUUUCGUAUUUUUAAUUUCCUUUUUUCCUUUUUUUUGAAGGAUAGUGUAUGGAGGCUUGGGUUUGUUAAUGAAAUUAAGUUGGUGAAAAAAGGAGAUGCCAUUCCACUGGAAAACUGUGAAACUAGUAUCGCUAUGCUGGUUGACCACUUUCCGCCCUUCAAAAAGAUUUCUUGCCAAAUGACUUUCAUUUUGCUUCAUUUCUUUGUUGUAUUUCAUCACUGUCAUCUUAGUUUAACUUUCUUUCUAAAUUGCAUUCUGUUUGUAAAACCGUGCUUGUACAAAAUUUGACAUUUCUAUUUAUUCCAACAAUCACAUUUUUAAUACUACUAUCUAAAAUAGAUCAAUGUAUUAUAGAUUGUUGAAAAUGUAUUACCUCCUGAUGGAUAGAUGUAGACUAGAUAAGCUGUUUUUAUUUGAAUAGAAUAAGUCUUGUCUGUCACCUGUUAUGAGUGUAAUACAGUCAUUUAUUGAAAUGAGCUCUGGCUUUAGAAAUAAAAGAAAGUCAUUUCUUUUUUCUAUUGCAUGUGUGUAUUUUGUGUCUCUAAAAUUCUAAAAAAAAAAUAUUACUUAUGCAUCCGUCUGUCUGUCCAUGUGUAUGUAUGUAAAAUAUAAAUGUCUUUAAAAAAAAUUUCUUUGCCUUUAUUUGUGUGUGAGUGUUACAAUAACAGCACAGAAGAUGGGAAGAAUUGAAUGCUUAAAGUCCUAUUGAAAAUUGCAGAAAUGGUGAUAAUAAAAGAAUCUAUUUCACUUUAACCAACGGAUAUAGUAAAACAAUGUACCGUCCACUGAUUGAAGAAGUCCACGUAUGUCUAGAAAAUAAUGUUUAUCUUAGAAAAGAUAAGUUUUUAAUUGAGAAGAAAUUUCCUACUUGGGUGGGGGUGUAUGAUAAUCUCUUUUGUUGUAAUCACAUAUGAAUAUAUUAAGAAUUUGUGUUGUGUGAGUUAGUUUCAUGUAUUUAUGUUGUGUAACUAUUUUGCCAAAGUUUCACAUAGCCCAGGGGCAACACAUGUGCUAUGUGCAAAAGAAUUGUUUUUGAGAAAAAAAAAUGUGUUUAGAAUGGGCGAUGAAAUAAAAUAAUUGGUCUUAUGAAUUUGAAUAUUCCACCAAAAGUGAAAGGAUUCUGGAAUCAAGAUAAUACUGUGAAUGUUAACACCAUCUGACUAUGAUUAUUAUAUUUCAAAUGACUGUUAUUUUGUUGAAGAUAUAUUAUGCUCCAUGACAGAGAAAUAGUCCAGUUCAUAAUGAAUUUUUAACAUUUUGAUUCCUAUCUCUCUCACAAGAAGAAAUCUUAAUUUUUGUAAUAGAUGCACAGACAACAAAGAAAUAAUUUAAUGGAUGCAUUAUCUGGAGUAACCCUCCUUUUAUUGAUAAUUAUUACACAUACUUUGAAAGUGAAGACUGUUCAAUUUUUAAGUCACAUAAUUGAGAGGGGAGACAUUUGUGUGGGAAAUUCUUAUAUAUUUGGCUAACUCUACAUUCUUUAUGCCUGUCUUUUUAUUUAUUUCAUAUCUGAACAAUGAAAUGACGGUAAGCUUUAAGAGUCCCAGCGAUCAGAAGGCUUAGCAUUAAGAUCUGUUUGACUUUUCAAACACUUCUGGGUCUACAUGUGCCCUUUUUGCAGCAAAUAGACAAUUUUCUUAGUCCCUUUUUUCAGAUUUUGUGAAAUUACAUUGGAUGUACAUGUAGAAAAUAUAAGCUUUCAUUUUCAAUUUGAGACUUUUGAUUGUCUCAUUUUGUCUUUCUUUUUCAUGAGAUUGUAUGAUUUAACCUCCGAAAUUGCUUUUCCUUUCAUGUCGGUAGGACUGUUUUUUUUUAAUGGCAAUCUUUUUGUUCUGUGUUUUAUCAUUAUAUUAUGAUUUUCUCUUAUUCUAUUACAAGAGAUAUAUGUACAGAGAUGAAUGUGAGUAAUUGUGAAUAAUCACAGAUUAAAAAAGAUGAGCAGUGUUGUUAAUGAUUGUACAGAUUUUUUUGUCAAAAUAAUGAAGUAUGAAAAAAUACAAAAUCAAACUUUCUGUUCACAAAGUUAAGUGUAAAGAUGUUAUGAAUGAUGGAAAAAUUGAUAAUUUUAAAAGUGCUAAGUAAAGAUGAAACUUAUAAGCUGUAAUCUUUGUUUAAUUAUUUUUGUUUCUUUGAGUUUGUGUUUUUUCUUCAAAAUCUCAAAUCGGACUGGGUCCUUCUAUGUGUUAUUCUGCAUGUGAAGCAUGUGGAGAUUAGUUUUGUGUCAAGAAGUAAUGGAAUAAAUUAUUCCACUAAAAAAACACCAA